AUGUGCUUGGCUGGAGGCCGCGUCUGGAGUCAUCGUCAGGCUUUUGUAGGACGCAGUGGCAGAACGCACAUAUGGGAGUUGCGUUUCAGCACGCAGAAGUUUGAGCUAAGAUUCUCUUCCAAGUCUGGUUGUGCGGAAACGGAGGCCUGCGAGCGGUCCGACCGUUGGAACGGCAAGGGCCUGCGGCGACUUACUAGCGAAAUCAAGUUCGUCUUCUCUGCCAUCGAGGUCCAAAGCUCGCGUUGA